AAAGAAUCGAAACACAAAAAUUAAUGCCCUUUCCGGUCUUUCCACACUCCAAUCAUCAAAAAAAUAUCCCCGCACCCUCUCUCUCACCUCCCACCUCCAUGUCCCUCUCUCUCCCGCACCUCUCUCUAGACGCCCUCGACAUGGCGGUAGUAACCGGAAACCUAGCGCUAGUACUAGACGUGACCUCAUCCAGAGUCUCACUUCUCGACGGCAACAAGCCUCGUCCGUUACCCGCCGACGUGCUACUGAGCCUGUUCAAGAAAGAGCCGUACCACCACAUCUCCAUCGCCACCACCACUAGCAGCUUUGAAUUCGACAGAGAGAGUAGAAGUCAGAGAGUUGGCGCCCGAGGCAAGGCGAAUUCGAAGGGUAAUGCGCUGGAUCUAGCCGGAAUGAGCGACGACGAAGGCAACGGCAACGGGAAUGGGAACGGGUACGACGAUGACGAAGGGGAGGAUCGGAUGUUGUUUGGUUGGGAGAAAGCGAUGAGGAAGAGAGUGAAGGAGCUCGAGGAGAGGAGAGAGCUGGAGAGGGAGGCGGAGGAGUUGCAGAGUCGGGCGGAGGAGAGGGAAGAGACGGAGGAGGAUAAGAGGAUGAGAGUCAGGAAGGAACUCGAAAAGGUGGCUAAGGAGCAAGCCGAGCGGAGAAAGAUGGCUCAGUUGAUGUACCACUUGGGUCAGAAGGCUUAUGGAAGGGGUAUGUAUGGACGUGCCAUUGAGUUUCUGGAAGGUGCUCUCACAAUCAUUCCUAGACCAACUCUAUUUGGUGGUGAGAUUCAGAUAUGGCUUGCUAUGGCAUAUGAGGCUAAUAAACGCCAUGCGGAUUGCAUUGCCUUGUAUAAGGAAUUAGAAAAGAAUCAUCCCAAUGUAAGUAUUAGACGCCAAGCUGGAGAGCUUCGCUACAUCUUGCAAGCACCUAAGCUUAAGAUAUCCCAGGAGGAGAUGGUAACCAUUCCAAUGAUAGGUUCUAGCUAUGACAACUAUGCCGGAACGUGGAGUGAUAAAUACAAGGACAGAGAUGAAAAGAGAUUUAGGUCGACAACAAAUCAACUUCCAUCAACUAGGGACUAUAUAGGGGACUUCUUGGUUUGGCGACCUCCGAGUGGUUUGGAGAAGAACGAAGCUUUCUGGGUAGCUUUAACAUUGUGGGUUGGUUUGGUUGGAGCUGCACUAUUUCUUCAAAGGUGAUUUGUUCGAAUACUAGUUCCAAUUUGUUGGACUGCACAACAUUUGCAGCCGUCCCACUUGGACCCGGUAAGUACUAUACUGUAAAUAUAUAUAUCAGUGUCCUUGUGAAAUGGAGUACGUACAUCAAUUUAUGAUUGCCUUAGUCCUAACAUAGCAUCCCUACUAAGUGGGAUCCUCUGUAAGAUGCUCUGUUAUUAUUAACCCGCAAGUGGUGAUUUCCGUA